CUUUUUGAGAGUUGAACCUGUUUGAACCUAAAGUUUGAUGGAAGGCCAGUGCUCAUACAUUGGCUAUGAACUUCCUGCUUGGGGCCAUACAUGGUCGGAGGCAAAUGUGCCAAAGCGCUGGGCUCCAUAAUAAAAUCGGUGUUGUCUAAGACAAGAAGCUGAAAAAUGCCGCCCAAGGCAUCUUCUGCCGCAGAAACCAGGGUGUACAAGGGGACUACGAAUGUCAAUGGCAAGUCCUACUGGCGGCACCCAAGCAGGCCGUGGGUGGUGGUCAGAGGGAAAGUCCCUGGUUUGUAUGCUCUGCUUAACGGCCCCUAUGGAGCGGAGAAUCAGAUCAAGGGGUAUCCUUAUGGCAAGUACGUCCGCCAGAGUUCCCACACGGAAGCAGUUGCCUUCCUGGAUGCCAAUGGAAUGGACAUCAACACGCACGAUUGGGCGAGGCUCCCUGGGGAUGAGAGACUUCUCGCAGAGUGGAACAGGCAGAUGGCACUCUAUGAAGAGAAGGUCAACGGGGACCCAAACUUCCUUGAACAACUCAGGGCGGAGGGGCGUGCCCUGGGCCUCACGGACGAGGCUGAUCAGCCUCCAGACGAGUCUACGAUGCUGCUGCGCCUGUCUGCGCGAAUGCACGUCCUUGAGAAGGAAAACGAGGAGCUCAAGGCCGCAAACGUCGCGCAGCAGACCAUGUAUCGCAAGGCGCUCGUCGAGGCAGACAAGAUGGCGCAGAAGCAGGUGAUGCGCCAGUUUCGUGAGUUCCAGGCGAAGGAGGAGGCGCUCAAGAAACGGAUUGCAGAGCUCGAGGCGACCCUCGCAGCGGUACCCGCCCUCGGGGAAGCUCCACCCCUGCAGAUCACGGAUGGCGGGACGGAGUCAGGGGGUGCGGGGCUGGCGAGUGCUCCGCGAGGGAACAAUGGGGGGGUUUCGCAAGCUGCUAACUUUACAGAGGAAGGAAGGUCUGUCAGGGACGAAGGUCCGGCAAGGGGAGAAGGGGGAUCGAGAGGGGCAGAGUUGGACCGAUCGAUUGCGAAUCGUGCGGCAGAGGCCGUGAGAUUUGACAGGUCGGGUGCGCAUGUGAGCGGGACGCAGGAGGCGCAGUUCGACAGGGGGGCUGAUACGCAGGCGCCAAGGGGGGGCCCACCUGAGGAGCAGGAUGGGGGCGUAGACGGAACGGGGGUGCUUUCUGACGACGAAGAAAUGUUGGCGGAGAUCCUGAACGGGGGCUUGAGCGGCGCCGAAGCCGAAGAAGCUGCGGCGUACCGAGAGGUCGGGGCCAAGCGGGACGGGCAGCACAAUGUGGGGCCGCCGAGGCCCAGCACUGAGCGGGGACAGCGAGAGAACGAAGUCGAGAUGCAUUCGGAGGAAUUCACAGCAACCGGAAAUGGUGGGAGCGACCCUGUGAGAUCAGAAGAUCAACUUGCAAACCCUCCUCUCGCGGAUUUGAACCUUCCCCCGGGUCGGGUCUUACCGGUCAUACCGUUCGGGGCCGUGGAAAACGCUCCUGCAGUCACCCCGAACAGGCCCGCCGCAGCUACGUCUUCCGUAGCGAGAAGCACCGAAGCUGCUCGGGCUUCGUCAGUGCCCUCGGUAUGCGAAGCGUCCGCUUCUGUGCCUCUCUCAGGGAUCAGGGCCCCUUUAGAAACGACUGCCCGCGAAACCCGGGUUGAAAGGACGGUCCCACAACUCCCCGUUGUCAGUGUGCCCCGUUUGCCGAAUGUCGCCGUCGCCCCCCGUCCUGACGGUCCUUUGCCAAUCGAAACGAUCACUGGGCCUCGCACAUUGCAAAGUCGGGUCGAAGUAGAGAGGCCUGACCAGGCUUCGAAAGGGUUGGCUGCACCAAGUAGACCGCAGGCGGGUUCCGGGCGAGAGUCGGUGCCUCACAAUGUGGUCACGCCCGCUGGUCCUGCCCGGGUUUCCCCUAACCCUGCAGCUAACCCCGUCGACCCACAUCUCAACAACCAAGCUCCGGUUACUGAUAACCCUGCGGGGUUGGGUGGGGUUACUGCCGACCGGGCGGCCGCUCUGGAGGGUCUGUUGCAGAGCGGGGUGUUCAAGAGUGCGGCUCGGCAUAGGCGGAAGCUGCUGAUGACGUAUAAGGGGGGGAAGCAGCCGGCGAAGAAGCCAACCGCACCGGCUCCCAGGAAAACGGACUACGUCAGGCAGGGCGAGGAGGGAUACGUAGAAGGGGAGCAGAGCGUAGAGCUUGGACGGUCCAGUGGGGAAGCGAGAGAGAGUAACGGAAGUUUUCGGACGGCUAGCGGGGUUGAGCAACUAGAUGGGAGUCCGGGAGUUCCUCCAAAAGAACGUGGAGCUUUGGUCGCGCACCGAAGUGUUGGUGUGGGUGGGCCAGAGGCGACCAGCGGUAUCGCCUUCCGAUCCGUUGGCAACCAAGGGGCUCGAUCCCUGCUACCAACGGAAGCUGUCGGAAUGCCUGGGGCAGGGGUGGCGGCGCCAAGUUCAGCUGUUGGGGCGACUGUUAGACGCGCUUACUUCCCAAGUGAACUCAUUCCUGCAGUUCUGACGGAUGCGGGAACCCAAGCCACGGGUCUCGGGUCUGCCAGCGCAACUGAAGCGGCCAGUACACCUGUCGGAGCGAUCGCGCCAGCUGUCGAGCCGCCAUUUGUGGACCCGAGGAUAGCGCCCGGGCUUGGCAUUCCGGUGGGGUUGCAGGGUCUUGGCCUUGGACUGGGACAGUCAAGACAGCCUAACCGACCCAGCGAACAAACAAAUAUGGGCUUGGAGGAAAAUGCGGUCGCGGGGCAGGCGCCCGAGCCGGCCAAGAAAAGGGCGCCACGGAAACGAAAGAGCGCUGCAGAGACCGGCGACCCCGCUCCGAGGAAGAGGAAGAAGAAGGUCGCCGGGGAAGGGACUUCAGGCGAGCUAGGAACCGGGGUGUCUACUGAGGCGUCGGGAGAGGUGGCAACUAGAGCGACGGGGACAACGGGAGGGGAUAACGUAGCAGGAACGUCAGGAGGGGGGGUGCCUGGAGGGGCGGCUGGAGGGGAGGGUACUGAAAUUCGGGUGGGUGCUAGGACCGGAGUCGGAGCGGAGAAGGCCAAGAGAAAGAGGGUGCGAAAGCCAGAUUCGCGGUACUUCAAUCCGGACGGGACGAGAAAGCCGGCGGAGGAGCGGCCGCCGCCAAAGCCACGAAGGGCACCCAAUCCGGAGACCGAGCGCAUAAAGAACAGGUGCCGCUUCGAUGGCUGCUCCAAGUACGCGACGUUCGGCUACCCGACCGGCCCCGGGAGCAUCCGGCGCGCGCGCUGCGUGGCGCACAAGCUGCCCGGGAUGCUCACGGACAAGAGGUGCCACGUCGAGGGUUGCGAGAAGCGGGCGCACUGCCGGUUCCCCGGGAAAAGGGUUACCCACUGCACGCGGCACGCGGAGCCAGGCAUGAUCAACGCCGCGAACAACGCCCGGUUCUGCAAAGCCGAGGGGUGCGAAAAGGUCGCCACCCUGGGUUGGGAGGACCAAAAGACGGCCAUCGCAUGCCACACGCACAAGCAGCCCGGCAUGGUCCGCACCGGCGCCCACCAGCUGUGCCUCGCCCCCGGCUGCAAGAAGCGCUUCUCGCACGCCUUUUUGGGCGACAAGCGCCCGUCGUUCUGCAAGCGACACGCGCAGCCCGGAAUGAUCAAUAUCCGGUCGCUGCCAAAGUGCAACCAACCGCUCUGCAAGGAAGCGGUGACCCACGGAUUCCAGGGCGACAAGCGGCCGUCCAGGUGUCAGCAGCAUACGCUGCCGGGAAUGGUUGACUUCACGGCCGGUCAGCACGUGCUCGGGCGGCGAGCGGAACCAGGAUUGAGGAUAUUAGCUUGAGCAAGCGAGAUUGAGAUUUUCCUUGGCGGGCGGUGCUAAGCGGUUGGCGGUCGUGAUGUCAUGCAAUGGACACUUUGCGAAUGUGCUGUGAUUGCACUUUCAAGCGAUUGGAGUGGUUUCAAUGGCGGCUACCCUUCUCAGCAGCUUGACGAGCUUUCAAAGAAGAAAUAUGUGAAAUCUACAACGCUUUUUGGUCGACUUGAGCUGAAGUUCAGAUACAUUUGUUGACUGAUCCACGUACCUGGUUUGUUGUUUCAUGGUUAAUGAUGG